UGCCUGGAGCCGGGAGCGCUUGGCGCGCCUCCCAGGCUGCCCCUCCCCCGGGUAAGAGGCGAAGCGUGGGAACGCGAUGGGGGAGACGGAGCCAGAGGGCGAGCGGCGUCGGCGGUGGGAGCAGAGGGCGCGCUGAGCUGGCACCGGGGAAUCGCCGCUGGUUCGCACCAGGCGGGCAGCAGGAGCAGGACCUCUCCUCCCCAUUCCGGACGGUUGUUUAGAGGGAUCCGGCAGCAGCAGCAUGAAGCGCUCGCACCCGGACUACAGCUCCUCCGACAGCGAGGAGCUGGAUGAGCCCAUCGAAGUGGAGAAGGAGAGCGGAGACGAGAAUGGAAACUUGAGCUCCGCUCCAGGUUCCAUGUCUCCAACCACCACUUCCCAAAUUCUGGCUCGGAAAAGACGCAGGGGGAUUAUUGAAAAACGCCGCAGGGAUCGGAUCAACAAUAGCUUGUCAGAGCUGAGGAGGCUGGUGCCUAGUGCUUUUGAAAAGCAGGGAUCAGCUAAACUGGAGAAAGCUGAAAUCCUGCAGAUGACUGUGGAUCACCUGAAAAUGUUGCACACAGCAGGGGGGAAAGGCUACUUUGAUGCUCACGCUCUUGCUAUGGACUAUCGAAGUCUGGGCUUCCGAGAGUGUUUGGCCGAAGUUGCCCGCUACCUGAGCAUCAUCGAAGGUCUGGACACUUCUGAUCCUCUCCGUGUCCGCCUUGUGUCUCACCUGAAUAAUUACGCCUCUCAAAGGGAAGCCGCAAGCAGUUCCCAUACAGGGCUUGGACACAUCCCUUGGGGCAGUGCCUUUGGACAUCACCCCCACAUCUCCCACCCAUUACUUCUGCCUCAGAACGGGCAUACUACUACGAGCGGCAGCACAACUUCCACAGAAGGUCAUCAUCACCACAGCAGAAGUGGGGCUCCCCAUGCUGAAUCAUCUUCACUGAGAGCACCCCCUAAUGGCAGCAUUGGACCAGUGAUUCCCGUGGUCACUUCAGCUUCUAAACUCUCUCCUCCCUUGCUGUCUUCCAUGGCUUCCCUGUCUGCAUUCCCCUUUUCUUUUGGUUCGUUCCAUCUGUUGUCCCCCAAUGCUCUCAGCCCGUCUACACCGGCACAGUCGGCCGGCCUUGGCAAACCUUAUAGACCAUGGGGAACGGAGAUUGGUGCAUUUUAAGAACUAGCAGGGUGGUGAAGGGGUGCGUUGUCUGUAAAAUAGCCAGCUGAGCUGGGGCAUCUGAACUCCUUUUAACACUUUGUUGUCAAAGGUACAGUUCCAGUUUUAACAGAGUUUGUACAAAGAAAAAAGUUUUUCCCCCACCCUGCUUUCUAUUAGCAGAUUUUUAAAAAAGCAGCAGUUGCCAGAAGUUUAUCCAUUUUUUUUUGUAAAAUCUUCAUAGAUGUUAAUUUAAAAAUGAUAAUAAAAUAGAAUUUUGCUGACUCGUUCGUUAUCUUAGUGGCAUU